UUUGUACCUACCUAGCUGUGUUGCUUACUUGCUUGUGAUUAUUGAUUGCGUGUAUCUGAUCGGAAUACAGCUCUGUGUACAGCUCAAAAUCGAGUUAAAAAAAUCUGAAAUUUUCCGUAGACGUGAAGUGCAGUCUUAUUCGGAUUAUAUUACAAAUAUUUUGCAGAACUUUAUAUCUCACCAAACCUUGGACAUAAAUCUUUUUCAAUAUACAGUGAAAUGGCUAAUCUGUGCAAAUAUUAUAAUAUGUUGUUUACAAAUUCGCGUCAAAUCUUCCUGAAUACUUAAUAAUUUGUGGAGCAAAUUCAUCUUUUGAAAACCGGUUACAAUGGCUUAUUAGAAUAGUGUUUUUGUGCAAUGUGCUAAACCUGGUUUUAUAGUAUAAAGUAGUUCAUAAAAAAAUCAUCACCAUGGACGACGACGGGGACGAUAAAGACGAUACCAAAAGGUGAGCAACAAGGAGGACUCGCAACUUAAGUGAAAAGAAACGUCGAGACCAGUUCAACAUGCUUGUGAAUGAGUUGGGUGCAAUGGUGUCCACAAACAACAGAAAAAUGGACAAGUCAACUGUUCUGAAAUCAACUAUUUCAUUUUUGAAGAACCAUAAUGAAAUAACCGUGAGGUCUCGCGCUCAUGAUGUACAAGAGGAUUGGAAACCUGCUUUUCUAUCAAAUGAGGAAUUCACUUAUCUUGUUUUGGAGGCCUUGGAGGGUUUUGUUAUGGUUUUCUCGGCAACUGGACGAAUUUACUACGUAUCCGAGGGAAUAACCUCAUUACUUGGACACAAUCCGAGCGAUAUUCUGAAUACUACAAUAUUUGAUCUUACGUAUGAAGAUGACCGACCGAAUUUGUUCAAUCUUCUACAGAAUUCAGGGCCGACUGUAGAUCCAAAUCAGCCAAUAACAGAAGAGAAUGAAAUCAAGUUCCAAUGUCAUUUACAACGGGGCACAUUGGAUUUCCGGGAUGAGAUUACAUAUGAGCUUGUGGAGUUCAAUGGACAUUUUCGUGUCAACACGAAACAAAUAGAUGGCGACGAUAUGUACCAACUGGAUCCCGACUCUAGGCUGCUAUUCAUAUGCACUGGAAGGUUGUGCACGCCUCAACUGAUCCGAGACGUGUCACUGGUUGACACGAGCCGCAACGAGUUCACUUCGCGGCACAGCCUCGAGUGGAAGUUCCUGUUCCUGGACCAUCGCGCUCCGCCUAUCAUUGGAUACUUGCCGUUUGAGGUCUUGGGCACUUCUGGCUAUGACUACUACCACUUUGACGACUUGGAGAAGGUCGUCACCUGCCAUGAAGCCUUAAUGCAAAAGGGCGAGUUGACGUCGUGCUACUACAGAUUCCUAACCAAAGGCCAACAAUGGAUCUGGCUGCAGACACGGUUCUACAUCACAUACCAUCAGUGGAACUCCAAGCCAGAGUUUGUUAUGUGUACACAUCGAGUUGUGAGUUAUGCUGACAUACAAAAGAGCACAAAACAAGAAAUAACAGACAUGGAAGUGGCGGAUCAGCCAGAAGUCAAUCAAACGGUUCUGAAGGAAGCUCCGGAAGAAACCAUGGUGGCUAUGUCACCAUCUUAUAUGUCGGAGACGAGCGAGGCGUAUGGGAACUCCUACCAUUCACUAUCGCAGCCGCCGUCCGUGAAGUCCGCGUCAGCCGGCAGCACGAGCGGCACGCACGCGCACGUGGGCGCGCACACGGCGAGCACGUCGUGGUCGCGCGCGUCGCACACGCGCUAUUCGGCCGGCUACGAGAACAGCAUGCUGUCGGCCGACUCGCGCUCCUCGCAGCGCUCCAGCUCGAGAGACAGCAAAGAAGUGCCGAGCCGCAUGGAGGCCCGCGAGACGGACUUCCACAACCGCACGAUGUUCGCGCCGCACAAGGCGGUGGAGCCGGCAGUGGUGCCGCAGCACGGGAUCGGUGCCCAGUACCUGGAGCCGGCCCCGUACGUUGGGGUCACGGUGCCCGGCGUGCUGCCGAUACUGCCCCCGCUGCCGGUCAUCGUGUCCUCCGACCAGGCGCAGAUACAGUGGCCGUGGCAGGAGCAGUUGCAGCGCAAACACGAGGAGUUGCAGCAGAUGAUCGUGCGCCAGCAGGAGGAGCUGCGGCAAGUGAAGGAGCAGCUGCUGCUCGCCCGCCUAGGGAUGCUGCAACCGCUUAUCAAUGUCCAAAAUCCGUACGGGCCAGAGGACGGGCAACAGAACCAGCGCAUGCCAGCACAAAUCAUGUACGAGGGGUCUCCGAGCCGCAGCGUGACGUACCCACAGCCGCCGGGACACUUGCCACACACGCACUCCAACCAGCAGCAGCAUCACAAUGAGUAAUCAUCAUCAAAUUGUGAGCCCAUUUUUCUUUCGAUAGGGGUUGUAUCGCUAUUAGCAGAUUAUUAUUGGUUAAUAUAAUCUGUAUCGUCAAUUUUCAAUCUGAGUCCAUUUUUUGAUGGCAAUAGCGGUUGUAUCACAUAUAGAGCCCAUUUUUGUUUGUCAAUAGUGGUUGUAUCGUCAUUUUGAGCCUAUUUUAUUUGGUAAAUACAGGUUGUAUCAUGAUUAUGAGCACAUUUUUUGGUCAAUAGGGGCUGCUUCACAAUCAUCAUCGUUUUAGGCAGAUUUAGUUUCAAAGUAGUGUAUUAUGUGAUUUAAAUUGUUUUUUACUAUAGUUUUAUUACGACCAUUUUCAGCCCAUUUUCGUUGAUCGAUAGCGGCUGCAGGUUCAUGGGAGGGUUAUGUAUUGAUUUACAUUGGUUUUUACUAUCAUUGGUCGGACGGGUGAGAUGUUUUAAGUUUUGUGAUUAUGUUUUGGUAAAUUUAUUAAGAGAAUGAAAUGUCUCUUAAUAUUUUUUUCAAUAUGAUUGAAAUCAAUAACUACUGCAUAAUAUUGGAAAAAAGUUAUGAGUAAUAUGGUGACUAAAGAAGGAUGAAACAAACGGUACAUAAGUACAAACUUUUUGUGUUCAAAUUACUUAAAAAUCGCUAUACAUUUUGUAUUUUAUAUUUUUCUUUUUAUAAUUUUAAUCACAUUUACUGCACCAGAUUUAAUAAUUGAGAAUAUCUUACCCGUCUUCAUGAAAUAAAAAUAAUAUGGCAAAACUUUA